CAAAGAGCCCCCCACCUUCCCUUCCCAUCUCACUGCUCGGUCCUCCUCAGCGCCUCUCCCUCCUCUCUCUCGUGUCUCGUCUCGUCCCGAGGAGAAGCGGACAAAGCGAGGCGCUGCAGAUUUCGAUCCGCUUCCCAAUGCCUCCCAUGCCCGCCGUCGUCCUGUGCUAGCUCCCGUCCCCCGCUCCUCCAGUCUCCGCGGCGCGCUGCCUGGAUCCGGGGAGCGCGUGGCUAGGAGCCUCAGAUCCGAGCGAAACCCAGCCGUCCGGGGGUGAUAUCGUCGCUCUAGCUCCAGAUUGGCGGCUGCCAUUUCCCCUCCUCUUCUUCUUACUGCUCAAGGUUUCAAGGCGAGUCUGUUCAACUCUGGUGGGUUUUCGGGUUGCUGCUGGUUUUCUUCGGUUGGUUUCCACCAGCGUUUUUAGCUGCAUUUUUCCGGGCUGUGCUCUUCUGUGCCAGAAAUCUACGGAGCAGUCUUGCCGUCGGUUUAGACGUAGAGCUAUAGAUAGAUAUCUUUUGGCGAGCAAUCCUGGUUCUUGUUCCGUUCCCGGUGCUAGUGUUGGUGUGUUAGUGGCAAGGUUUACUGUUGCCAUGGUGUUGGUCUGACGGCCCAUCAAGGUUUUGUGAAAGAUGUGGAAGCAGUUCCUCAGCAAGCUGCCCCGGAAGUCGUCGGCCUCGGGGGAUUCAGGCCAGUGCAGCAAUGGCACCGGGAUACAGCGCACGAGCAGCUGCAGCAGCAUCCCGUCUGGCCGCCCGGCUUCAGCCAUCCGGCGCAUGUCAUCCGCCGUCUUCCCAUCUAGUGUUGUGGCUGGUAUCGAGCCGCUGGUCUCGUUCAAGGAUGUCCCCAACUCGGAGAAGCAGAACCUGUUUGUGAGCAAGCUGAGCCUGUGCUGUGUUGUCUUUGAUUUCUCGGACCCGAACAAGAGUUCUGUGGAGAAGGAUAUCAAGAGGCAGGCAUUGCUGGAUCUUAUAGAGUUUGUCGAGUCCACCAAUACUCGCUUCUCGGAGGCGGCGAUCGCGGCCUGCUCUAGGAUGUGUGCUAUCAACCUGUUCCGGGCGUUCCCUCCAAACUGCAGGUCUGGCUCAUCAGGUGGUGGCGAGGGCGACGAGGACGAGCCAAUGUUCGAUCCUGCUUGGUGCCAUCUGCAGCUUGUUUAUGAGCUGCUACUGAAAUUUAUUGGAUCAUCAUCCUUGGAUGCAAAGAUAGGGAAGAAGCACUUUGAUCACUCAUUCAUUGUGAAGCUCCUGAAUCUUCUUGACUCAGAGGAUCCAAGAGAAAGGGAUUGCUUGAAAACUAUUCUGCACAGGGUAUAUGGGAAGUUCAUGGUGCACCGUCCUUUCAUUCGCAAAGCAGUGAGCAACAUAUUCUACCAGUUUGUCUUUGAGACUGAUCGGCACAAUGGGAUCGCAGAGCUGCUGGAGGUCUUUGGCAGUGUCAUUAGUGGUUUUGCAUUGCCUCUGAAAGAAGAACACAAGAUCUUUCUUUGGAGGGUUUUGGUUCCCCUACACAAACCGAAAUCUGUUGGUGUGUAUCUUCAGCAGCUGACCUACUGUGUAACACAGUUUAUAGAAAAGGACCCAAAGCUUGCAAGCUCAGUGAUAAUUGGUUUGUUAAGAUAUUGGCCAAUAACAAAUUGUCAGAAGGAAGUGAUGUUUCUCAGUGAGAUUGAAGAGAUUUUGGAGUCUACCAGCCAGGCAGAAUUCCAGAAAUGUAUGGUACCAUUGUUUCGGAGAAUCACUCAUUGUAUCACCAGUUCUCACUUCCAGGUUGCUGAAAGAGCGCUCUUCGUAUGGAAUAAUGAUCACAUUAUCAGCUUGAUUGCACAAAACCGCCAAGUGAUCAUGCCUCUUGUUGUUCCAGCACUAGAGCAGAAUAUUCAGAAUCACUGGAACCAAGCAGUCCUGAAUCUGACUGUGAAUGUCAAGAAAAUGUUUUCUGAGAUGGACGAUGAUCUCUUCUCAUCAUGCCUGGCCAAGUACAAGGAGGAAGAAGAAAAACGUGUGUCGCUAGAAGCGAAGCGUAAGCUUACCUGGGAGAAGCUUGAGGCAGCUGCAGCUUUCCAGCCAGUGACUGGCCAUACAGCCGUCCUAGUAGGCCACCAGCCAUCAGCAAAUAUGAUCGCCACCCUGAUCUAGCUCAUGCAUGCCGCACAAGCAAAGGUGCUCUUCCCCCUUUUGGUGAAGCGCAGCAAGUGUAGUGUUCCCUGUUUUCCUUUUUUUUUUUUUUUGCAUUUGUGGUAUGAGUAAUCAGUGUAGUAAGUUGUAACUAUUUCCGGAUGUUUAUGUUCAUAAGGCAAGAAUACCUGUAAUGUAAGAUUGCCGAGUGCUGACACUCUCUUUACAUGUAUCUUUGCCUAUUUAUGGAUGAACAAUUGUCCUACAGUUUAAUUUCACUUUUCAGCUUGCCUAUA